AUACAACAUCAGUAAUACGUCCUAUCACAUUCGUAGCCACAUAGAAAUAAUGCUAUGACUGACAACAUAUAUUGUUUUUAAAUCCUAUGACACAAAAAUAUAUUGAUACUGGAUCUAUAUUACAUUUUCUCUGUGGUUAAAAUGGAAUCGUCAACCCUACUCUUUGGAAUGGUUGAAUGUUGAGUUGAAUCGCACAAUCGCAUAAUCGCAGUGCGGACAACCGUUUCUUGUAUUGAAGUCAGAACUUCAUAUACGCUUCGCGUCGUUAGAAUGUAAAGAUCACGGACUAUUGAAUUUAUGGCUGAUUUAAAUAGAAAACCUUGGAAAACAAUUCGAAAUGUUGUGUAAUUAGUAUUAACCUACGAAUAAUGUUAAUAUUUACUCAUUUUAUUUGACGCAUUUCUGUAAUUUAGAGUCAUAAUGGAUCAAGAAUUGAUUGAAAAAUUUAUAGAAGUGACGGGAGAGAAUGAGGCAACAGCUCGCCAAUAUUUGUCAUUAGCUGAUGGAAAUGUGGAAACUGCAAUAAGUUUAAUGUUUGAUGGUAGUCAAGCACAUGAACCUUUAUGUACGACUGAUCCGGAACCAGAAGUGAGACCUCCUAUUUUACCUGUGCAAGAAGUAUUAGUGCCAUCUGGUCCAAUAUGUUCCCUUCCAAGAUUAUCGACUAAUGUAUUUGACAGAUUUAGAGAUUUUGCAGUAGAAACCCAACGACAAGAAGAAGAAAUGACUCGAAAAGUAGCUGGUGUUAAACAAAUAUCCUAUUGCAAAUCAAAAAGAUUGGAAGAUUUAUUUCGACCACCAUGUGGUAUUCUUUUCCUGGGUUCCUUUAUGGAAGCUCGUGAACACGCUAAAUCAUUAAACCGUUGGUUACUUGUAAAUGUUCAAAAUCCUCAAGAAUUUUCUUGCCAAAUCCUUAACAGAGAUGUAUGGUCCAAUCAACAGAUUCAAGGAAUUGUAAAGGAUCAUUUUGUUUUAUGGCAAGUUUUGUCAAAUACAAGUGAUGGAAGUCGUUAUGUGCAUCUUUAUGAUGUAUAUGAAUAUCCUUAUCUAGCAGUAAUAGAUCCUAGAACAGGAGAAUGCAUGAAAACUUACAAUCAUAUUACAGUAGACAUUUUAAUGUCUGCAUUAAAUGAUAUGUUGAGCUCACACUCAUCUCCAGAAUGUGUAUCAAGCAACUCAAUUCAUUCUAAAAAAUGGAAUAACAGUACUGCCACAGCAACAGAAGGAAGUUCUACAUCUAAUUCAUCAGAUUGUUGUAGUAGCACUACUGUUAAGGCGUUUAAGCACACUAUUGAUAAUUUAAAUGAUUCAGGUAAUAUAGAUAUUAAGAAUGAUAUGACAACUAUUCAAAGUUCAAGUACAAGUAUGUCAGUUGAUACAUUUGGAAACAUAACUAAAAAAAGAAGAAUGAAUGAAUUGGACGAAUUAAACGAAAAGAGACAAGAAAUAGAAAGUUCAAAGGACGAACGAUCAUACGAACUAAAGUCCACUCUAAGAAAGGAAACUGAUAGUGCAUCUGCUAUAAGACUUUGUUUAAGACUGCCAAAUGGUAAGAAGGAAACGCUAUCAAUGUCUGCUACAGAUACUAUAGAUGAUUUCAUAAAUACUAUGAAGAAUAUGGGUUACUCAUCAACCGAUCAUACUUAUUUAGUGCCGUUUCCAAAAACAAAUAUUGGAGCACUUUCUCCACAGAUAUAUUUAUCGGAUACGAUUUUAUUUCCAGCAAAUACAGUAUUUAUAACAAAGAUAUAGUAAUAUUUGGUUAGAUAAAAUAUAGCGAAAGUAUUUCCUUUUAACUACUGCAUUAUGGAAUACAUCAUAAGUUUGAUAAAAAUUACGUAUCUUGCGUAUAUAUAUAUAUAUAUAUAUAUAUAUAUAUAUGUCGGAGAUGAAAGAACACCGGAGCCUCUCUUCGGAACUUGGGGAAAAUCCCUGUAUGUAAUCUAGAUUCUACCAUAACCGUAAUUAAACAAUUGUCAUUCAAUCCGAUUGUAUUUAUUCGAGAUUUGUAACAAUGAGCUUGGGCUCGAGGCGACAACGUGGCCGUGAUCAAGGGAUGAACGUUUGUCUAACAAAGGUAUGGAGUAAUAGUAUAGCUCUCCUUAAAAGAAAUAGUUGUAGCGGCACUUGACAGUAAACAUCCCAACGGUCUCUGUCCCGUGGCUCGCCACACGCAGACCCUAUUCUCCGGGUAAGAUGAUUACCAGAUGCAUCUCCACAGUACAUAUUCAGCUAGCCUGAGAACUCGUUAUAAAUCUUAAGAUUUAGUUAACUAAAGUCCUUCAAACAGACAAACAGUCUUUGUCCCAACUACGGGAAGAUAGGGGAAACCUACUUUCUCACGAACGAUGCUUCCCGCUAGCAACUUUCCCUCAAGGGCAGCUAGCAUCCGUUUCUAACCACUGAUAUGGAAAUUGACCAUUUAACAGCAACGUCAAUUUCCCUCACCUUCCAAACGAAGGCAUCGCUUCACGAAUCCGAUGAUCUCGUGCCCUUAGACACACCCCAUCAUAGUUUUCCUCUGUGGCAUC